GAUUUGAAUCAGAGCUCAAGAUUCAUUAAAGGGAGAAAUCCAGCAAAAGCAGCUGAAAUCCAGCUUGGAAAAGGGGUGGGGAAAAAGGAGGAGAAAGAAAUGAAUCGAUAAUUUUUUUUUUUUAAAAAACAACCACCAACAACCACCCAAGAAUUUAAACUGGUCUCAACCUCUUCAAGGAAAGUUAAUCAAUAAACUAAUUAACUGCUUUGCAAGCUCUGUAAUUAAUAGAUCAAAAGUAUUAGCGCCAGGGCUCUGAAAUUGCAAAGAGCUCAGCCCAAUAGCUCGCUUCCAAGAAGGCGGAAUUGCAAGAUUCUUAUAGUUGAUUUUUUUUGUAUGAUGAUUAUUUAAUUUUUUUGCACCAAAAAAAAUCAGGAUUUUUCAUUUUUUUUUUAAAGGUUAAAAAAAUCAGCGACAACGAGGAGGCGACAGGGAGGAAUUUCCCACCCACCCCAAAAAACCACAUUUUUUUUUACAGAUUUGGGGAAUCCUGGUUCAAGCAUCCAAAGCCACCAACCAGCCUCUGCUCCCUUUGUUUGGUUCGCCGCUGGGCAGUGUUGGGACCGUAGUUAGGGCUGGGAUUGUGUUCUCGCUUCUUCCGCUGGGGCCGGGUAGGCGAUUCGAAGCUCGCCCCCAGAUUCGCCCCUUUGGACCAAUGAAGGAACCCGAUGCCAUUAAACUUUUCAUCGGGCAGAUCCCACGGAAUUUGGAGGAGAAGGAUCUGAAGCCCAUCUUCGAGCAAUUUGGGAAGAUCUACGAGUUGACAGUGAUUAAGGAUAAAUACACGGGCAUGCACAAAGGAUGCGCGUUCCUGACCUACUGCGCCCGGGAAUCGGCCCUCAAGGCGCAGAGCGCGUUGCAUGAGCAGAAAACGCUCCCAGGGAUGAACCGGCCGAUCCAGGUGAAGCCAGCAGACAGCGAAAGCAGAGGAGGGCGCCUCCUCCAGCCUUGUGGUGAAAUUCGCCGACACGGAGAAGGAGCGGGGCCUGCGCCGGAUGCAGCAGGUGGCCAACCAGCUGGGCAUGUUCAGCCCCAUCGCCCUGCAGUUCGGGGCCUACAGCGCCUACACCCAAGCACUAAUGCAGCAGCAGGCAGCCCUGGUCGCUGCUCACUCCGCCUACCUCAACCCCAUGGCCACCAUGGCGGCCGUCCAGAUGCAGCAGAUGGCCACCAUCAACCCCAACGGCCUCAUCGCCACGCCCCUCACGCCCCUCACCCCCUCCUCAGGUACCAGCACGCCGCCCGCUAUCGCCGCCACCCCUGUGUCCGCCAUCCCGGCCACGCUCAGCGUCAACGGCUACAGCCCGGUCCCCACGCAGACCACGGGGCAGCCGGCCUCCGAGGCCCUCUACACCAAUGGGGUCCACCCGUACCCAGCUCAGAGCCCGGCCGCCCCCGUGGACCCCCUGCAGCAGGCCUACGCCGGGAUGCAGCACUACACAGCCGCCUACCCCGCUGCCUAUGGGCUGGUGAGCCCGGCCUUCCCCCAGCAGCCGGCCAUCCUCACGCAGCAGCCGCCCCCGCAGCAGCAGCAGCAACGGGAAGGCCCCGAGGGCUGUAACAUCUUCAUCUACCACCUGCCCCAGGAGUUCACUGACUCCGAGAUCCUGCAGAUGUUCCUGCCCUUUGGGAACGUCAUCUCUGCCAAAGUCUUUGUGGAUCGGGCGACCAAUCAGAGCAAAUGUUUCGGGUUCGUAAGUUUUGACAAUCCCGCCAGCGCCCAGGCUGCCAUCCAGGCCAUGAACGGCUUCCAGAUCGGCAUGAAGCGCCUGAAAGUGCAGCUCAAGCGACCGAAAGACGCCAACCGGCCGUACUAAUUUCCCAGGUGGGUGCCCUGCCCCCCCCGUGCACAGGGACCCCCAAACACAGCUGGGGGGGGGCACAGCAGGCUGGGCUGGUGAGCUGCUGCGUAAUGGGAGUGGGGGUGAGGCCCUGGCUGUGUUACCUCCCGCCGGACAGAGCCCCCUGGGGUAACGCUGGGCGGCUCCGCGCUCAGGGUGUACAGCCCUGGGGCCUUUUGGCCACAAAAGGGCAACAGCCCCCAGCCCUGGGCAG